AUGAAGGGGAAAUCGGCAGGAGGAACAGGAGCAGGAGUGGGGAAACCUGCACCUCCUCAGCAAGCCAUCUUCUCCCGUCUCUCCUUCCUCCAUCAGGCAUCCAGCGUUCUUCCAUCGUCCUCCAUCGGUCUCUCCCGCUAUUAUACGUCACACCUCCUCUCCGUCUCCCGAAAAUCAGUCCAACGACUCUCUCCGGCCGUCAAGCAUACGAUCUGUAAACGAUGUUCUUCGCUCCUUCUUCCCGGGAUAACAUCUACCACUCGAGUCGAGAACAAAUCAAAAAAUGGAAAGAAACCGUGGGCUGAUGUUGUUGUUGUCACCUGUGGGUUCUGCGGUUGUACCAAACGAUUCCCUACUCUUGAUAAAGAAGAGAUGAAGGCUAGGAAAGAUAAAAAGAAGCAGGACAAAGAAAUCCAGACGGAUACAGAUGACGUUAAAGUCUCAAAGGAUGUAACGGAAGCAGAGGGGGACAAUGAUGCCGUCAUGACUGGGACUUGA